AUGGGCUAUGACGGCUUGUGCACCGAGGAAACGGGGCACGACCCACUGUUGCCCCUGGCCCUGGCAGCGACCACCACCUCAAGGGUCACGCUGGAGCCACGGGUCGCCAUUGCCUUCCCCCGCUCUCCCAUGGUCUUCGCUUAUGCCGCCAUGGACUUGCAGAAUCUCUCCGACGGGCGGUUUCGCCUCGGGCUGGGGACACAGGUCAAAGGGCACAUCGAGCGCCGGUUCUCGGCCCAGUGGGCAGCUCCCGGGCCGAGAAUUCGGGAAUAUGUGCAGUCCCUUCACGCCAUCUGGAAUUCCUGGCAGAACGGGACACGGCUGGCUUACCACGGGGAACACUACAACUUUUCCCUGAUGACUCCGUUCUUCAGCCCCGGUCCGUCCGAACAGCCUAGCCCGCCGGUAUUCAUAAGUGCAGUCAAUACCUACAACUGCCGGGUGGCAGGCGAAGUAUGCGACGGCCUGUCCCUCCACCCGCUGUGCUCACCGGAGUACCUGAAGCAGCGCAUCCUGCCCAGCGUCGCAGACGGCGCCGGACGGAGCGGACGAGAUGCCGCGGCCGUCAACCUGACUGGCUCGGGCUUCAUCAUCACCGGACCCAACAAGGCAGCCAUCGAGGAACGAAAGUACGCCGUUCGGCGGCAGAUCGCCUUCUAUUCCUCGACGCGAACAUACAUGCCGGUGCUCGAAGUCCACGGAUACCAGGACGUUUGCGUCAGGCUGCAUGAAAUGUCGCUGAAGGGCCAGUGGGAGGACAUGACGGGACUGAUAACCGACGACAUCUUCGACAGCUUCGCGGUGGCAGUGGAAUACGACGAGGUCGCAGCCGCAGUCAAAGAACGCUACGACGGCCUGCUGAACGAAGUGGUCUUUGGUAUGGACGUGUCCGGCGCCGACGACGAAACUCAGCUGAGGAAAAUCAUCGAAGCAUUGCAGGAAUAG